AUGGCCCCAUCUUGGUCAUUGAAGGCAGUUGAGGGUCUGGCUGAGGCGCUGCCCCAGCCGGCGGGCCUGCUGCUCGGCGCCGUGGACGAGGCCGCACACAUUGUGACACUCGCUGGCGUUGUGCCGGCAGCCGCAGAUGCGAGCGCCAAGACAGUCGCAGACCUGGCAGGCGAGGUGCUGGAGCUGCUGCCCCUGGGGGUCCAGGUGGUGGGGUCGUACGGCUGCUCGGCGCCGCCACCGCUGCCGCCCCUGGGCGCGUCAGGCCCCGGCUGCCCGGCGGUCGGCGUGCAGCGGGGCGGCGCGGGGUUCACCUUGGACGGGGAGCCGGCGGCGGAGGAGGUGGUUGCGCCUGCGCAGGCGGGGGCGCUCGCACUGCCUGGGUUUGUGGUGCUGAGGGUGCACUGCGACCUGGUGCUGCGGGUGGUCUGCCCACCCGGCGGGGCGACGCUGCAGGCGCUGGCGCACGCGUUUGUAGAGGCGGCGGAGCAGCUGGCGGGGCCGCAGCUGGUCUUCAUCUCGGAACCAAAGCCAGGCGGCGCUCCCGCCCUGCUGACGGCCACAUCUCAGGGCGCCCUGCGGGCCGCCCUCCGCGCCGCCGACCCCUGCGCCAGCCUCGCGCCCCUGACUGCGACCGGCUCCGCCCGCGGCGCGCCCGCCGCGCCGGCGCUCGAGUUCUCGCCGGCCGCCACGGGCAGCAGCGUGCGCGAGGUCCCACUGGGGCUGGACGCCCUCGCGCUCGUGCCGGACGCGUCCCCAGCCGGGGCGCUCUGCUCCUCGGCGCUGGGGCCCGCGCUGAGGCGGCAGCUGGACCUCAUGGAGAAGCUGCUCGCACGGCGGUUGCAGCCUGCGCCAGCUGGCGGCGACGGCGGCGGCGACGGGCUGGUCGCCGUGCGCGCGCACCACUUCCGGCCGCCGGGCUGGGCGCUGCCCUUCACGGCGUGCUACCCGCGCGUGGCCGCCGAUGCGGGUGCAGCCGAGGACGCACUGCUGCCGCGGCGCCAGGCGCUGCACGCACUGCUGGGGCUGCCGGGGGACGUACCCAUGCUGCGGUUUGCCAACGCGCUCAAGUGGGGCGCGGGCGCGGAAGGCGGCGACGGCGAGGGCACCGGGCGCGCGGCGCGGCUCAAGGACGACCGCUUCAACGAUUCUGGCUGGGGCUGCGCCUACCGCUCCCUGCAGACCAUAGUCAGCUGGUUCAGGCAGCAGAGGUACACCGACAAGCCAGUGCCCAGCCACAGGGAGAUCCAGCAGCUGCUGGUCAAGCUGGGCGACAAGGACGGGUCCUUCAUCGGCAGCAGCAACUGGAUCGGCGCCAUCGAGCUGAGCUACAUCCUUAAUGACCACGCGCGCGAGCUGGCCGCUCACUUUGCGGCCCAGGGCACGCCAGUGAUGAUCGGCGGCGGCGUGCUUGCCUACACACUGCUUGGGGUGCAGUUUGACGAGCUUACUGGGGAGGCUGCCUUCCUUAUCCUCGACCCUCACUACACCGGCGGGGAGGACCUGAAGAAGAUCCAGCAGGGCACCUGGGUGGCCUGGAAGGUGCCCGGGGACAGCGCCGCCGCAGGAGGCCCGCUAUUCGUCGACGACACAUUCUACAACUUUCUGCUGCCGCAGCGGCCAAGCACAGUCUGA